AUGGCUUCUCUACCUGACGUCAAGAGUCUCAACUCCCUCCCCGUGGAGCAGCAGGCCAAGGUCCUAGAUGCGCUCUUCGAGCCGAGCCCCGCGAUUCACGCCUGUCUUCUGCCCUCUAUUUCCACAACAUCUUUCCAGUCUUACGACGAGUUCAUCAAUCAAGCUCAAAAGACCUUCGAGGCUCUUACGGCGGACCCUACACAAAAGGCGCAGCUACACUCAAUCAUCGGUUCACACCCGCGUCUCGGGGCCAAGAAGGUUGAGAGUGCUCAGUCCGCCGCAGAGCAAGCCCAGCUUCAGAGUGGAGACGCCACAGAGCUGGCUGCGCUGAACGCCGAGUACGAGGAAAAGUUCCCAGGCCUACGUUACGUGGUGUUCGUCAACGGUCGAGGUCGGCCGGAAAUCAUGGAAAACAUGCGUGCUCGUAUCUCGCGUGGUGACUUGGCUCUCGAGGAAAUCGCCGCCAUCCAGGCAAGUUGCAUCCUUGAACUUGGAUCCUCGAGACAUUCUUCUAACGAGGUAGUAGGCAAUGUGUGA